AUGGGGCUACUGGUGGCUGCACGGCUUCGGCUUCAUCUGGUGUGCCACGGUUACAUGUGCCACCAACAACACGGUUUCCGGCCGGGUCGCCCAUGCCUCUCAAAUCUGCUACUUGCACGUGAAUACUGGACCGAGGACAACGCCAAAGGACAUGAAACGGACACCAACUUCGUGGACUUCAGCAAGGCCUUCGACAAGGUGCCGCAUGACCUCCUGCUGCGAAAGCUGUCCAACCUAGGUGUAGGUGUGGUAAUGCGAAAUUGGCUGCAAGACUUCUUCAUCGACCGGGAAUUCUGCGCCCGUGUUGGUNGGAACCAGAUUCGAGGAACGACUAGCACCGGAUUCAGUACAAGCACCGAAGCGACUGUAUGUCUACCUCAGCCGAAGAAUUAG